GGAAGGGAGGCGCCCCGCUCGGCGGAUCGCUCGGUCCUGCAAACGCGCGCCGGGCGCUUUCCCGGAGCUGGGCUGUGCGUGCGAGCGCCCUUUUGCAGCAGCCGCUGCCCGAGGGGGCGGGGAAGAGGGGACAUCGGCUGGCCGGCCAGGGGGCGGCGUCCCCCCUCAAAACCGCCUGCAAAGUGUUUGGGGCGGCAGAAUCAGGCCGCCAGCUCGGCGGAGCAAGCCACUCGCCCCGGGGCUGAGCGAGCGCACCGCGUUGGUUGGCAGCGCCGCGGUUGCUAGCAGGCGCCGGUGCCCUGGGCGCCGGGUUUGGGCUCACCAUGCCCCUGCGGGACCGGGCCGCCGGGCACAAGCGGAUUCCCGGUUUGCCUCCGCCUCGACGCUCUCGGAUUAGCUGCAGCUGGCGCCCAGGGAUUUGAAUCUGGACCCCAGGAGGGAGCGCGCCUAGGCCGACCUCGGAGCGGCGGCCCCGCGGCCAACAUGCUUCGCAAAGGGUGCUGUGUGGAAUUGCUGCUGUUGCUGCUGGCUGGAGAGCUACCUCUGGGUGGUGGUUGUCCUCGAGACUGUGUGUGCUACCCUGCGCCCAUGACUGUCAGCUGCCAGGCACACAACUUUGCCGCCAUUCCAGAGGGCAUCCCAGAGGACAGUGAGCGCAUCUUCCUGCAGAACAAUCGCAUCACCUUCCUCCAGCAGGGCCACUUCAGCCCCGCCAUGGUCACCCUCUGGAUCUACUCCAACAACAUCACUUUCAUUGCUCCCAACACCUUCGAGGGCUUUGUGCAUCUGGAGGAGCUAGACCUUGGAGACAACCGACAGCUGCGAACACUGGCACCCGAGACCUUCCAAGGCCUGGUGAAGCUUCACGCCCUCUACCUCUAUAAGUGUGGACUGAGCGCCCUGCCCGCAGGCAUCUUUGGUGGCCUGCACAGCCUGCAGUAUCUCUACUUGCAGGACAACCAUAUCGAGUACCUCCAAGAUGACAUCUUUGUGGACCUGGUCAACCUCAGUCACUUGUUUCUCCAUGGUAACAAGCUAUGGAGCCUGGGCCAGGGCAUCUUUCGGGGCCUGGUGAACCUGGACCGGUUGCUGUUGCAUGAGAACCAGCUACAGUGGGUUCACCACAAGGCUUUCCAUGACCUCCACAGGCUAACCACCCUCUUUCUCUUCAACAACAGCCUCACCGAGCUGCAGGGUGACUGUCUGGUCCCCCUGGUGGCCUUGGAGUUCCUUCGCCUCAAUGGGAAUGCUUGGGACUGUGGCUGCCGGGCACGUUCCCUGUGGGAAUGGCUGCGAAGGUUCCGUGGCUCUAGCUCUGCUGUCCCCUGCGCGACCCCCGAGCUGCGGCAAGGCCAGGACCUGAAGCUGCUGAGGGUGGAGGACUUCCGGAACUGCACAGGACCAGCGUCUCCUCACCAGAUCAAGUCUCACACGCUUACCACCUCUGACAGGGCUGCCCGCAAGGAGCACCAUCCUUCCCAUGGGGCCUCCAGGGACAAAGGCCACCCGCAUGGCCAUCCGCCUGGCUCCAGGUCAGGUUACAAGAAGCCAGGCAAGAAUUGCACCAACCACAGGAACCGGAACCAGAUCUCUAAGGUGAGCUCUGGGAACGAGCUUACUGAACUGCAGGACUAUGCCCCCGACUAUCAGCACAAGUUCAGCUUUGACAUCAUGCCCACCGCACGACCCAAGAGGAAGGGCAAGUGUGCUCGCAGGACCCCCAUCCGUGCCCCCAGUGGGGUGCAGCAGGCCUCCUCAGGCACGGCCCUUGGGGCCUCACUCCUGGCCUGGAUACUGGGGCUGGCGGUCACUCUCCGCUGAGGACCCAGGGCUCCGUCACCCAGCACUGCCACAUGUCCAGCAAGGAACAGAAUCUUUUCUUCUUUUCUUUCUUUCUUUUUUUUUUUCUAAGUGGAAGAUCUGCUGGGUUUCAGGAAAAGGCUGCUGAAGCCUUCAGCCACCGUCUGGACCCUUCCUGGUGGAUUAUAAGCCCAAAGUGUACAGCCGUAGACAGGAAGGGUAUCAAGUCUCACUCGGCUGUCCCGACUGAGCACCUCCGGACCGUAUCCGCUCCAGCACAGUGGUCAAAGGCACGCAAAGUGAGUCAUUAGUGGUGUCGGGACAUGCGCCCCUUGAAGAAGCUGGGCUCCGCGGAAGCCUGGUCAUUUGGAGAGAAGGGCUGAAGGACCCUGCUGGUUUUGGAAGGAGUAGGACUCAGAACAAGGCUCUCCCAGAGCCAGCUGGGGCAACCAGCAGUCUCAGAGCACUCUUGGCUCUUGUCUGAGAUCACUUAGUUAACCUGCCCUAUCCAACCCUAUGUCACCCUCAGUCCCUAUCCAUGGGGGUAAUGCCUCUCAUUCCUGACGUCUCAGGCAGCCCCGGCAGACCUGCUGGGGUCCAAGAACCAAUCACCAAAGGAGAGAUCGCCAGAGGAUGACAUUUAGAACUUUACUCGCAAUGAGAGUCACACAGAAGGUGCAGUUUUAUACCUAUGUCCACUUAUAUAUAUUCUCACUCUGCCCACACACCCACAUGAUAUAUCUAUAUAUAUAUAUAAAUAUAUAAAUGCACAGGUCCCCCAACCCACUCCUUACCAAACUGUAUGUCUUAUCAUGUUUAUAAACUAUACGGGAACCUAUAUUUGCCCAAUUAAGGACUGUAUCGGUAACUUCUAGCAAGAAAAAAAAAAAAAAAAAACUGCGGCAAUUUUGUUCAGAACCCCAGCCAGCAACAAUAGUCCCUGGGCUUGCUGGGGGCAAAGGUGUGUCAGUGGGAAGAGUUGGGAAGGAAGAGAAGCAGCAAGAAUCACUUCAGGGGACCAACAUUCUUAGAUACUUAGAACAUCACCUCGUUUUUAUAUGCAACACAUGCCUGUCUGGCACCCCGGAGCACCCCAUCACCCCUACUGUAGAAGCUGCAGACAUUAGCGAGAGAAAUGGAUGUCAGGGUGCUGGAGGCAAGCUAGGCGGAGCUGGGGAAGACGUUUCUGGGGGUUUUCAAGCUGGCAGACAAGGCAGCGUCUACAGUGUUAGUCCAAUGGGUUGGAUGGACAAUGUCCUUCUUAGCACUUUGUGCAGGCCAGGGAGGCUCUGAGCUCUGGCCUCAGGAGAGGCUUAGCUGCAGUUUUAACAUUUAGGCUCUUUGGCCAGUGACCUACUGAGGGCCCUGAGUAGUCUGGCAGUGGGAAAAAAAUCUAGUGGCCUUAGCAGAUGAGGGUGUUUCAGUAGCCAUCUCAGGAACCCUGUAUCACAGGGGUCCUGCUCCUCCUGGAUGACCCCAGGACGGGCAGAGGUCAGAGGGCCAGACUCAGGGGUCAGCCCAGAAGGCAGCCUGCAGGCAAGCCCAGUCAGGGAAUAGGGGCUGUUGGCCCAAGGGUCUCUGGCAAGCACAGUCUCUUGUGCUCUGCAUAGACAGACCUGAAUUCCCUACCAGAGAGGAUACCUGAGGAGUAAGAAAUGCUGAAUCCAGUUAAGAGAGAACAAUAAUAAUAAAAAUUCUCUUGGACAAGAA